AUUUAUUUGUUUCAGGUGACCUGAUCCUAAUUCUUGGCCUUUUCAGUUACUAAAAUGCUUUGAAUGUUUUUUCUUUAAGAUCACAUGUUGCUUUUGUAAGAUCAAGUGGUGCAUUAAACAAAAUCUGGAAAGACCUUAUGAGAGCUUUCAUGAGGCUAAAAUGCCUAACAUUCGAGUUUAUUACCGCAAACUGCUUGCUGGUGUUGGCGCUUUCCUGCUGGUCCUGUUGUUCAUAUUGAGCCAAUUGUCAUACAGCUCAAAAUAUAAAUUAGGAGAAACUGAAGAACAUCCAUCUCUCCUGCAUAGUUCGUCAAUCAACAGAAAAGCUGCUUCAGUUGAAGGACCCAGAUUAUCUAAAGUAUCUGAGUCUGAUCUUGGCUUGCACAAACAUAAUCUUAGCCAGCUUUUAAUCAACCUGGCCAAUGAAAGGUCAUGUCCUGCUUGCUUGGGAUCAGAUCUUUGUGAAGAUCUAAGUUCUGGUUUCUUGAGCCUCAUAUCAGCCAAAGGGGUGCUGGAUGAGGAGACACAGGCUGUUGAAUAUAUGGCCAAUAUUGGUGUGAAACAUUUAGUUAGGCUACAGGUAGUUGACAGUGGUGCCUUGGAACAUGUUACAAGAACUCUGUGUGGUAGCGGUGCUAGUGUUGGCUCCUGCACCGUUAAGCUUGCAGCUGCAAGAUGGCCCUAUAUCACUUCAGUUGAGGCUCUCUCCAGCUCAGUGGCCCUCAGUUUCAUCAACACCAAUGGGGAAAAUAUCUACCAACGUCCGUUGUUGAUGUGCUCUACUCCACUGUCCCUGUCAAUAUUGGAAGCAGCGUUUGCUUCAGACCCAAUAGGCACAGGCAGCAGUGUGCCCACUCCCUCCGACAAACUCAACCUCCUCACCGCUCUUGCUGUAGCUCCAGGAUUUGCUGUGCAAAAGAUGACAGAGCGCUUACAGCUGAGCCCCUCGUCAGUAGGAGCGCUGGGGGCGUGUGGGCGAGCGUGGCUCAGCGGCCGCGAGAAACUCACGCCUCUUGUGGACCUCCUCGACGACACCUGGAGCGCUCGAGCCGCACUGGGGGCUCAGCUGCUCGGCAUGGUCGAGGAUAUGCUUGAAAGCUCGGAUGAGUGGCUGGUGUUUGUAAGCCUGUGGUCGCCAGAGAGACUCAUGGUGGCGGCUGACGGCGAGCUUCUGCUGCGCGACUCUGCCUCCGUCGCCAUCAUCGACAAGGGCGCCCUCAGCAUGGGCGCCUCCGGCGAGUACGGCACCGAAGAGGACCUCAAUACGCUGGGGCGGGUCUGCAACAGCAAAUGCUUCAGUGAACUCUUUGCACUGAUUAUGGCUGACAGCCAUGUUCCCUCAACGGCUAAACCGCAGCCAUCCUCCAGCCAUCGAGACACAAACAGUAUCCCCAACAAGCCUAGUCUUGAUAAAACUAUAUACAACAACCGGAGAAAACAGCAGCAGAGUUUCAAAGAAGACUUUGUGGAGCGAAGAUACACGGGCAGUCGGUCGUUAGCUGUUGCGCCGAGUGUUGCUCACACGUGCGCGCACGAGGAUCUUUUUGCUCACUUCAUGUACGCCAGCGCUUGUGCUUUCGUCCUCAGCGAUGAUCCGCAGCAUCACGGCAUGAAUUUCUUCCCGGAGCUGCAGGGGCGCCGUAGCUCGCAAGUUAAAGGUCUGCUUCACUCGGCGCCCCAGGACGUGGCGGUGCACAUGGCGCAGCUGCUGCAGGCGUGCGUGCACGAGACGAGCGGCGGGGAGCGACUACGCGCUGUAGAGGAGCUCAAGGACUCUUGA